AUGGCCAUAUCACCCAAGGAGCAAGAUAAACUAAAAAGUUUAGAAAAAGAUGCAGAAGUAGCAUACCGCUAUAUGGCUUCUGAUGAGCAGUCAUCUACUUUCAAAGAUAAAGAACUAAUAUAUGAGCUCGAAGCAGCAGCUCCACAACAUCAAGGCAGCACAGCAGCGACGAGAAUAUCAAAAUCAGAAAUAAAAGAGACAAAACCUUGGGUACAUUUCGUAGCUGGUGGGGUUGGUGGUACUGUUGGUGCAGUUGUCACAUGUCCACUUGAUGUUGUCAAGACAAGACUACAAUCUGAUGUAUAUCACAAUGUUUACAACACAAGUGUAAAGUCGGGCAAUCCAAUAAGACAAGCAUUUCAACAUUUAGCAGAAACCGGUGGUGCAUUAAGAGGCAUGUACGUGAAUGAAGGAGUAAGAUCGUUGUUUAAAGGUUUGGGCCCAAAUUUAGUUGGUGUAAUACCGGCAAGAUCAAUCAAUUUCUUCACCUAUGGUGCCACUAAAGAUUUCUUGAUACGAAAUUUCGGAACCAAAAACAACGAAAAAACUGAACAAACGUGGAUGCAUUUGGUUUCAGGAAUAAAUGCUGGGUUUGUAACUUCGACAGCAACGAAUCCCAUUUGGUUGAUUAAAACACGAUUGCAAUUGGAUAAAUCAAAACUGAAAAUUUACAAAAACUCAUGGGAUUGUUUAAAACAUAUUAUGAAAAAUGAAGGGUUUUUUAGUUUAUACCGUGGUUUAAGUGCAUCUUAUCUUGGUGGAAUUGAAAGUACAAUACAAUGGGUGCUAUACGAACAAAUGAGAAUGUUUAUUAAUAGAAGAUCACUACAAAUCCAUGGAACCAACCCCACAAAUAAAACAACAAGAGACCAUGUUAUGGAAUGGUCUGCUCGAUCAGGUGCUGCCGGUUUAGCAAAAUUCUUGGCUAGUUUAAUAACGUAUCCCCAUGAAGUUGUGCGAACUAGAUUGAGACAAGCACCAUUGGAAAGUACUGGUAAACCAAAAUAUACAGGAUUGAUUCAGUGUUUUAAAUUGGUGUUUAAGGAAGAAGGUUUUGCUAGUAUGUAUGGUGGUUUAACGCCUCAUUUGCUUAGAACUGUGCCUAAUUCAAUCAUCAUGUUUGGAACCUGGGAGUUGGUUGUGAGAUUGUUGUCGUAA